CACGAUAGGGGUGGAAAAAGGAGAAAGACAGUAUGCCCCCGUGAGCGCUUCCCUAGAGCCUAGAUGACCCUGAGGUUCUAGCCUCUGGCCACCACUCCCCAGUUUGCUGGCUACUCCUUGGGAAGCUGUUUGUUGAUUUACCCGCUAGGGUUUCUAGCUUUCACCUGAGGAUCUAAGACCCCUCGGUCCUCGUGCAGUGGUGCACGCCUUGGGAGGCGGGGUCGUGCUUGGAGCCAAUGAGAGCUUGCGGGGUGGAGGGGUAGGGAAACUUCCAGAGGCCUACGACGGCGGGGAAGUUAUAAAGGGGGUACGGGUAGGCCAGCGAGCGAGCCAUGCAGUCCAAGCGGGAGUGUGAGCUGUGGUGUGAGAGAGUGAAUCCAGAGAACAAGGCGGCACUGGAGGCAUGGGUCAGGGAGACUGGCAUUCGCCUGGUGCAGGUGAACGGGCAGAGAAAGUACGGCGGACCACCCCCAGGCUGGGUGGGCAGCCCACCGCCCGCCGGGUCAGAGCCGCUGGGUCCGGGCCUCCAGGAGGCGCUGCUCCUGCCCAGCCCAGCGCCGGCGCCCGUGCAGAUCGCGCUGCUCAAGUUCAGCUCUCACCGCGCCGCUGCCAUGGCCAAAAAGUCCCUGGUGGAAGGGCAGUCACGCCUCUGUGGAGAGCAGGUGGCUGUGGAGUGGCUCAAGCCAGAGCUGAAGCAACGACUCCGCCAGCAGUUUGUAGGUCCUUCAUUGUGGUGUCUACAGCAGGAGGGCAGCCACUUGGCCCUGGCCAAGGACAAGCUAGAGUCCCAAGGGGCUCGGGCUGCCCUGCAGCUACUGUGCCAGCGAAUGAAGCUGGGCAACCCAGUGUUUCUCACCAAGUGUUUGAGCACAGGACCUGCUGGCUGGCACCGCUUCUGGUACCAGGUAGUGAUCCCUGGACAUCCAGUGCCUUUCAGCGGCCUUAUCUGGGUUGUGCUGGCCCCAGAUGGGCAGGAUGGGCAUGAGGUGGCCAAGGAUGCUGUGUCUACACGGCUGCUAGAAGCUCUGAGUGAGUCUGGGUCCAGCCUCUUGUGGUCCACUGGGGAUGAGGAAAGCACCAUGGUUAAGACCAAGUGACCCAUCCUCUCUCCACAGGCAGCCUGAAUGGGUAGGUAGAGCCUGUGUCAGUUCUUAACCCAGCAGGCCUGGGCAACCAGUCUGAUCCCAGGAGGGGGAAGGGCAUAGCCCUGCUCCAGACUCAACAUGCUUCCCUGCUGGAGCAGGGCCCCAGUACACCCUGGGACAGCUCAGGUUUGGCUUGAGUUAUGGUGAAGGUCCUUGCUUUCCCUUCUAGCUCAGA